AUGAACUUAGCUGGCGCCAUGAUGAACCAAGCCCGGGAGUGUCUUCAUGCGCUCAUCAACGAUGCACUUCAUCCCCCGGAACGGCGAAGCUGGGCGCAGCUGAGUGCCGGAGCCUACGGCGGUGGAGGGCCAAUCGCGUUCAGGAGGAUGGCCUUCAGGAGGGCACCGCCGCAGCAACCUGGAGGGCUGAAGACCUAA